AUGGACUUGUUCGCUGCAGGCUUCAAUGCCUGGAACCAAUUAUGCUUCGUGCCGCGAUCGGGAGAUGUUGCUGAGCCUAAAGAUCUAUCGACAUUUACAAAAGUGCUUGAUGACGACCACCUUGAACGGCCUCGAGCAGGCUUAUACUACACGCUAGUCCGCGGCCGUGCCAGGUACUACCGUGCCGGUAUCGGUGUCGAGACCGCAAGUGAUGAAGAUAUCCAGCGCAACUACCAGGCCUGUCGCGCUGGCAACGGCCUCACUCUGAUUUUUGACGGUCCUAUAUCUGCCGAAAAUACAGGUAUGAGGCUUGGACCGAAUAAACACGUCCUAACAGUGCAUCCCUGUUAUGAUGACUUCGUAUCAAAGUCCAACCCCACGAGUUGGCCAUGUGAUAGCCAAGUGCGAGAGGUGGCCUCUUUCGCCGCCGGGUUUAUAAUCCUGUAUCAAAACGGCAAGGUGGCCACAAUGGGUGAUCCGCGAUACCAGGACUGCCUUGCUAGAGAGAUUACAUCGGAUGAACCAGCCGAUCAGCCGGGAUUUGUACCCGAUCUAAUCAAUCUAGGAGAACCUAUCGAGCAUGUUACCGCCGGCGAUGGUGGCAAAGAUGUACAGGAUGUGGCCUUGGGGGAUAGUCACGCCAUUGCGCUGACGACUGAUGGCACUGUUUAUGUGAUUGGUCGUAAUGAUAAUGGCCAACUUGGCUUGAGACAGGGUGUGGACAUGGUCGCAAAAACAUGGACAAAGGUAAAGCUGGGUGUUCCAGAUGACUGUCAAGUCGUAGGAGUAGCUGCUGGACCAAAAUCAUCAUUUAUUUUGACAGCACAGAAGACAUAG